CACGGUGUGCCGUGGCCCGUCCAGUGACCGGAGGAGGAGGACGCGAACACGUGGCGGUCGGCGAGGUGGCUGUUUCUCCCGGCACGUGGCGUGUGGCGUUACGUCACUCGAGUGACCUGGGCCCGGGCCAUGGCCCAGUUGCUCUACUCCAACCUUCCAGUCCAGGACCAGGCCCAGGCCCAGCCCAGCCCUGAGGCGGGAGAGAACUGGCCGAGAUCUGGAGCGUUGCAGCGGCGGGUGGCCGGCCGGCCGUCCGUACCCAAAAACUGUAUCGGAGAUUCGGAGGCUCGGAUUGGAGACGGCAGUCGCCUGGUCGGAGUCCGCGAGGGAGGCGUUUGACGGAGGGCUGGGCAGCCGCCGUGCCGCGCGAGCUCGGAGCUCCGACCCAUUCCCCGACUCUCCUCUUCAUCCCUGAGCUCUCCUAACGGGAGUGGCGGCCGACGGCGAUCCCUCGAGCGGGCGCCAACGCCGAGCGUGCACGCAUCGGACUGGCUGUAGCAGUUGCCUCUGAAAUUUCGCCUGUUUUUGUCAGUGUUCUGUAUCACCUGAAGACUGAGGAGCUGCCCAUUUGAUUUCCUUGCCUUCUGUUUCAGGACCUGUCCGAUCCGCAAUGGAGAAACUUCCGCGGAAACUUGCCGAUUCUGACUGUUGUAAUGGGAGCAUUUCUGGUUUUAGUUAACGCAUUGCGAUAUUGCUAUGGCUUGAAGGGACAAGGGACUGCUUUGUUGUGGCUUAUACUGUCCUUGAGCUAUUUGUGUUAUCUUCACGGUGCUUGUGUUGGUUUCAUCCUUUCAAUAUCGUGGAUUAAUUACUCCAUUGUUAAGCUAUUUGCUCGAUAUAAGUACUGCACUGGCUUCAUUUGGACCUUCAACUUAUCUGUUCUUAUUCUUAACCGAGUCUAUGAAGGCUAUUCAUUCUCAUUGUUCUGGCAUAAGCUGGCAUUUCUAGACAACUAUCGGGGUACAUUUCGAUGGCUCAUAUGCUUCAAUUUUGCUGCAAAGGCAGCCUGAAGACGACCAGUGGAUUGCCCUGCCGUCCAUGGAGAGAAGGACUUCCCCAUGCACUACAAGUGCCUUCUCUCUGACAAGCUUAGCACCAGCUCUUGCGCCGUGAUGGUCCUUAAUCUGGAUGG